AUGGCUAAUUUAAGGCCAAUUCAAACUACACAAUUAUGGACUUUCGAUAGCGCCUUGAGCUUGUUGAGAUCCUUCUGCGAUCCUUAUAUAGUUGGAGCUUUGGACCAAUAUUUAUUGCAGAAUAGUGAAGUUUUGUUGAACCCUGCACCAUUCUCAAAAACUAAAGAAGAAGAAGCUUAUAAAAGAAAAGAAUUAUCUCUUCGAAACACCAUAUAUACUGAUAUAACUGAUAGCAAUUUGAAAGAUGCUGAAAAAUUGACUCAAUUAUUGAAUUUGGAUAAUAAAGAAGUAUUAAGAAUUGUCAGACAAACUUGCAUUAAGACCCCAGAAAGAAAGUUGACAAAUUAUGGAAAGUUUAGAUCAAAAUUACCCGAUGAUCGUGAAAAGUACUUGGAAGAAGAGAGAUUGUUAUUAUACACCGGCAAAAUCUUAAAGGAAAGAAGAACUGUUCUUCGAUUGGUCAUUGAAUUAUUGAAUAAUAAACUUAACCCUAAUGUCUCUUCGAUUGUUCAAAACUUGGGUAAAGAUAUUAUACUUUCUGACUCUUAUAUUGAAAAAUUAAUUUCCAGUUUAUCUUCGUCGGUAGAGUCAAUAAUUAAUAAAAGCUACUUGACUGGAAUAUCUUCCGAAUUAGAUGAUACUAUUUAUACUGAAACUAUAUUAUUUAUUAUUGAAUCUUUGAAAGUUUUAGUUGAAUUAUUGAUUUCCAAUAAUUUGAAGAAAGAAACUGUUUUCAAGUGGUUUGAGUUUAUGAACUCAACCAACUUUUUAUUGUCAUUAGGCCCUCAUAUUUCCUUCACAGAAUCAUUUGCAUUAAUACAGGGUAUUGUUACCGUGUUAACUAUUCAGGUUCUUGACAUUGACAAUGAUCUUGAUACUUCAGAUUUAAUUUCGUACCUUAAUGAUGGAUCAACUUUCAAGUUUAUGAAUGAAGUGAUUUUGGAUUCUGAAAAUUCAAAUACUAUCUUAUUAUUUACUUGGGGAAUAAUCUUAUUAAAGAAGAAAAUUAUUUUAGAAGACGCUUUGGAAAAUAAUAAUAAAUCUUUAACAUCCUUCAUCGAACAAAUUUCACUCGAGAACAUCAAUUUAUCAAUCAACCAUUUAAGUAAUCGUGUUUCAACUGUCGAUGUUUUCAGCAACUUAUCAAAACUCGAUGAUUUAUUGAAAUUCGACAAUAUAUACGCAUCAAUAUUAUCUACCCUUAUUCUAUCAAUUUUACCUUUGGUAUCUGCCACCCCAGAUAUUUGCUCUACCAUUUCACAAAUUUUGAGAAAUGCUCCAAAUAGUAUGAUCCAAAGAUUUUUCGAUAAUGAAGCUGCUGAAAGUAUUAUUAUUUUGUCAAGAGCAAAGUUUCCUAUAUUAUUAUCUCCAUAUUUAAGAAUUGCAUCAAUUAAUGGUAAUUUUGCGUUUCAUGAGUUUCAAGAAUUAAGAUCAUAUAUUUCAUUAUUCAAUAAAAGUGAAUUUAAUAGUCUUUACGAUAUCGAUAGUGAUAAUACUGACUUGAUAAAGUUAAACAAAUCCAUUGAUCUUUUCCCACCUUUCGAAGUCAAUCAAAAAUUAUCUUUGGUUCUUAAUAAGGAUACUAAAGGUAAAUUAUUACCAGCAGGUAAUCAAGAUCAAGUUUUGGUUACUUUCUUAUACAACUUUAAUGGUUGGGCUUUCUUGGGACGUGUUUUGCAGAAUGUGUCUAAAAUUUUCGAUAUUUCCGAUAAAGAAAAGGUUGAUUUCAUCACCGAUAUAUUGACUUUGCUUAAUAAAGUUGUUGAAGACAAUUCGCCAGAUGAAGCGAAAUUGGCUUUUGAAGCUAUGUCUGCUUUCACUGAUGAUUCAGACAUUAUCGAGGUGAUUAUUAGAUUAUUCGAGCAAGCUUUGCACUCUCGUAAUAUUGACAUGUUAGAACCUCUAAUCACUCUUUUGAGUAAUGUCACGCCAUUUUUAUCCUAUAGAAUAUGGCCAUGCUUGUCAAAAUCGUCUUUAUUAUCUGAUAAUGGUAAAGAAGGAUUUGCCGCAACUAUUUUUGGUGCAAUUGAAAUGGUUAAAGGUGACUAUAAGUUUACCACUGGUUUAAUAAGAUUAGUGGAUUCUCUUGUUCAAAACUGUUUGUCUCUUGAUGAGGACUACCCUAUAAAGUCUAAAAGUGCUGUUCUAUCUAGAUUCGUGGGUCACUUGAUUUUGGUUUUUGAAAGUUUCAUUCAUUGCCGUUUCAAUGAAGGUUAUCAAAAGUUAGAAGUAGGUGUAUUGAUCUUGGAUAUUUUCUCUAAUAUCUUAAUCAAUGUCUAUGGUAUUGACGAAGAAUCUGCUCCUAAUGAAAAAGUAACAAAAGUUUUCGCUGAUGCAUCAAUGAAAAUUCUUGACUCAUUUUUGGUUACCAACUCCGAUUACUCCAGAUCCUCUUUCCCAAUCAUAUCAAUGAUUGAUUCCAUUACAAAAAAUUCCAAUGUAUACGAAUUAUGUGAUAUUUCCGGAUUUUGGUACGAAACUUGGAUUCAUCGUGGACUCACCUUUGCUCAACAAAUCAUAACUAUAAGAUCGGCAUUGGGCUACUUCCCGUCUACUUUUGAAAAAGAUUUAUUUUCUAAGUUACCUUUGUUAGUUACAGCAUACGCCCAACGUGAAAGCUUGAGGAAAAAUGUAUUAGACUUAAUAAUUGCUUUAACUACUGGUAAAUGGGAACACGAACCAAUUCCAUCUUUGCUUUCCCAUUUAGGUCGUGAUCACGCACAGAUCUUGUUGCAUUCUUUAUCCUCUGAUCUUGAUAAUGUUUUCGAUGACUACAAAAUGAAGAUUUCAUUAUACGACUUCAUUUGCGCAGUCAUGGAUGGUAAUCAAGAAGGUCUCUCGGUACUUUUUAUAAGUGGUAGAGAUGUUUUUGGAGAAUUUACAAAUAAUGGUAAAAAAGAUAAAGAAGAUGUCAAGCCCAUUUCUUUGUUGAAUACGUUGAAGAAAAACGUAAAUGACAUGAAGUAUUAUCCUACUGAUGUUAGUCUACAUCUUGUUGAUGCUAUUGCUUUGGCUUUUAACUCCUGGACCACCGUAAGAGAAAGCGAAAACGACGUUGAUUUCAUCAAAGAAUUGAUAGAUAGAAGCAAAAGGACCACCAAUAAAGCGUUGGAUCUGCCUGAAGGAUACAGGUCUUUUUGUUAUAACUUGAAAUUAAUCUCAAAGAUUACAGAAAUUCUUUCUUUAUUCUUAUUCACAACAAAGAACGAUAAAUGCAAAAGUCUUAUCAUAGAAUACAUCACUUCCAAUGAAUUCAUUGAUUCUUUGGAAGACCGUUUCUCCAUUAGUGAUUACCAGCCAUCAUUACAUUUACAUGCCCAGGAAUCAUUUGAAAAUACAUUUUCUGGAUUACGUCUUUCUCAAUUUACAGCUGCUCUACCAAAGAGAAACAGACUUGGACUUCAUGACAUUUAUAAUUUCAAUUUGAUGCAAAGACUUUUUGCUGAGAAAAAAGAUUGGCCUUUGAUGAGAGAUCAAUUAAUUGCUUCAAGUCUUAAUUUACAGUAUAUGAAUGCCCAAAUUGCCGUUGCUAAAUCAUCAGGUGCUCUACUUACUGCCUUUUGUAAAAAGGCUCCAGGUCAAUUGAAACCGGGCCAUUUGAAGUUUGUCUCCAACUUAUUAUCAAUCAAUGUUACUGAAGGUAUCCCAGCGGAAUUUUUCCGUGAGAUUUAUCAAGAACGUAUUGAAACGGCAUUUUACCUAUUAUACAGCAUCCAUAAUGUUCCUGAAAUCAAGAAAGAUCCAACAGAUGUAUUUGAGAUUAUAAAAUGUCUUUCCGAAUUGUUGUCUUCAUCCACAAUGGAUUUUUUGAAUAAAUUGACAGGCGAAUCAGUCUCUUAUAAGUCAUUACUUCGAAUGGUUUACAUCUCAUUGAAUUUGAUUAAAAAUGAAUUCACUUUGAUUAUUGAAUAUUUUAGUGUGUUCCAUGAUUUAUUUGGCCUUUUGAUCACUAAAGGUACCAGAAAUAUCUUGAUUGAUCUACAAAAUGAUGUCUAUCUCUCUCGUACCAAUAAGAAUCAUAUUUCUCAUAAGUUGGGACACAGACUCGAUGAUUUACAAUUGUUAUUUUCGAUUUUGAAGGUGUUCAUGAGCUUGAAAUCAAGUCCAUCUUUGCAAAAUUCCAUGGCAUCCCUAGUCAUCGAAAACGGAACAAUUAAGUCAUUGCUUAAUCUUUAUUCAUUUUCUCACUUGAUUGAAGUUAACAAUGAACAUAUUUUUGCACAGUUGAGUUUGAUGUUUAUUCAACAAUUAUUGACUGUUGAUAUUAUUGCUGAACACUUUGUUUCAACUGGUCUUUUGGUUGUGCUUGUUCAAAGCUCUAUUUCGCAACCAAUAAAAAAUGGGGGGAUAAGUAUUUCAAAUGCUCCUCAGUAUCAUAGGAUUUGGACAAACGGUAUACUCCCAACUUACAUAACCAUAUUGGCAAAAUUGGGGCCAAAAGUUAUCCUUGAGUUAUGUUUAGCUUUACAAGCCUUUGGCAAGCAAAUUGAGUUUUGUAUUGAAAGCUGGGCUAAAGAUUCAUCUUCCAUAAGUAUAAGUUCUGCUUUAGUUGCGGAAACUAGCCAGAUCUUACUCGUUUUCCAAAUGUUACAAUCAUCAAACUUUAAGGAAUACUUAGAAACUCUCCAGGAUAGACUACCUGGUAUAAAUUCAUCUGGUCAAAAUUCUGUGGAUAUGCCCAUAUUACCAGGUUUAGACACCGAAGCCAAAAGAGAUGAUUUUGUCGACUGCAUCAAUAACUUAAUUAAACAUCCUAAGUUCUUGUCAUCCAGAAUCGUUCCAAGUUCAAUUGAAGAAGUUCAAAUCAUUGAAAAGGGGGACGUUCUGUUCUCAAGAUUGGCUAAAGUAAUUGUUGAAGAAAUCCGUGAAUUAAAGGAGUUUUUCAACACCGAUUAG